AUGGGUUAAGUUUGCUCCAAACGACAUAGGUCUUAGAAGUCUGAAUUAAUUUAAUAAGAAAAAAAUGUAAAAAGAAGUUUCAUAGAUGAACUAAUUUAAAAAGAAAAAAUAGGAAAAAGUAGUGUCAAAGCUGAAGUAAUAGAAGAAAAAGAAGAAGGAUUUCGUUUAUAUUGUAUUAGAAAACAGCCAAUGAUAGAAAUACUAAGUAAAGAAGAAAAUUUAAAGUUAUUAAUGCAACCUGAGCUUUAUCAGGAGCUAUAAAAAAAGCUUUUAAAUGAAUAAAUUAAUACUAAAGAAAGCAUUUAAAUUGUGUUGAAUGUAUAAAAAUUAAAUAUUCUAAGAUAUUUAUAUAUUGUAAUUUUUAAGCAGAGAAUAUUAAGAAUUGCUUUAAGUUGUUAAAUGCUAAUAAUGAUUAUAAAGAAGACUUAAAAUAAAUAGGAAUUUAUAGGGAUUCAUCUUUAAAAUACUAUAAGAGUGAGUCUUGCUUAUUAUGUUUAUCUGAAAAUAUGGAAUGUUAUAGUUUAAAGUGUUAACAUAUAUUUUGUAAAGAUUGUUGGAAUUAAAUGAUAGAAAUUUAAUUAUCAAACUUUAUACCGAUUGUGAAAUGUUUAGAAUAUAAAUGUUUAGAAAGAUUACCUCAUAAAUUUUUAGAGUAGUAUUAGUCUUACAAAGAAAUUUUGGUUAAGAGAAUGUUGGACAAUGACAAAAAUUUUACCUGGUGUCCAGGUAUAGAUAUAUUAUUAUAUUUAAGGAUUUUUAUGUUAAAAUAUAUAUAAAUAGGAGUAUUUUAAAUAGAAAUAGAAAUGUCAUUGUGGCUUAAAGUUUUGUCCAAAUUGUAAAACAGAAAAUCAUUAUCCUAUAACUUGUGAUAUAUAUAAGGAGAUUACAUAAUUUCAAGAAUCAUAUUAAUCUUGGACUAGAUUAGAUAUAUCUGCAUGUCCAAAUUGUAAGAGAUAUAUCCAGAAAAUUCAAGGUUGUAUGUAAAUUUCAUGCAUCUGUGGUAAAGAUUUCUGUAUCAAAUGUUCAUAAUCUUGGAAUCCAGAGCAUGGAUAAGAUUUUUAUAAUUGCCCUUUUUCAGCUCAUAAUAAGAAUCCUUCUUAAAUAUUCAAUAAGAUGUGCCAAAAUGAGUCUAAAAUAUAGAAGAAUAUUUUUUAAUUGGAAUAUUAUUAGAAGUUAAUAAAUUAAUAACAGUAAGAUGAAUACACAUAUAUACUUAAAAGAGGGUUGAAUAAUUUAAUAAAAUUUCAGAAAUUCGAAAAAAUGUAAUAAAUUAUUUUAUUUAGAUUUUUAUAUUAUACAUAUUAUUUAAAUGAAAAAUUUUGUGAGAAUGGAUUUGAUCAUUAUUAUCAAUAAUAUUCUCUAGAAAUAUAAAAUUAUUAUAGAAUUCUAUUAAAGUAAUUAUAAGCUAUUCUUGUGGAUGACUAAAAAAAUGAAAAAAAUGAAAUGAUUGAUUUCAACAUUUUUUAAAAUUAAUUAUUUUAGAUGGAUGAGAAUUUAUCAACAUAAAAAUAGUGUUUUAAAAAAUACAUAAUCUAAAAUCAAUAAGAAAAAUAGUAGAAUAUAAAUUGA